AUGGGAGUUUUGAAUGGAACAAAUAGUUUGGAAAGUCUUUUUAUCAAGGAAGAUGGAGUAGCAACAGAAACUUCAAUUGCUCAGUCAAAAACUGAAGCAUCUGUGUAUCAUAUUUAUAAAGCUGCGCAAGAAACAAGUCUUUUAAAAACCAUUAAAUUAAAUAGAGAGGAACAUAUCGAUUAUGUUUUAAAAGGUCUCAAAGGCCUCGAGAAAUAUUUUGUUGGCUUAGAUGCAAGUAAACCAUGGUUAUGUUAUUGGAUGCUUCAUUCGUUGGAUUUGCUAGGACAUAAAAUUGAUAAAAAUCUUAUUAAAGGUGGAGCUAUUUUAGGAUUAAGUCAAGUUACAAGUGUAUCAUUAGAAAUUGUAGUAUUUUAUUAUGCAAAACAAUUAUUAGAUUCUGUUGGUCCUAAAUAUAUGAUGAUUACAGGACAACUUGCUUCAAUUAUUAGAGUUGGAUUAUAUGGAUUUCUUAGCACUCAAUUAAAACCAUGGAUGGCAUUACCAAUAGAAAUGAUCACUGACACAACAUCGUUAAAUCUAAAAAUUUCUACCAAUUACAUCCGCAAAAAAAGUAAUGGAAAAUGGCCAACGAAGCCUCCAAACUCCUUUAUACUCUAUAGAAUAGCCUAUUCUCGUGAAUUAAAGUUGAAUAAUGUUAAGUUAUCAAUACAAGAGACUUCAAAACUAGUUUCAAAUUCUUGGGACAAUGAAAAAAAAUCGGUAAAAACUGCUUAUAAAAACCUUGCUGUCGAGAUUGAUAAAAAACUUUUAGAUUUGAGAAAUGAAAACUCUAUCUCUGAUCAAGAUAUAUAUUUCUACAAUCAUGAUCAUUUAUCAAUCGAACAAUUGAAAGACUAUUAUUUUUCUAAUCAACAAUUUACUCUGUAA